UUCUCUGUGUGUCCGGGCUGAGAACCUUUUUAAAGCCAUCCAGUGGAGCCAGAGUGCCUUUUGUCUGUUGAUACGAUCAGGGGACUGCAGGAAGUGAAGGAGCCUGAGAGUUUUUCUGUCAACCUCUGUGCCUCUUCUUCCUGCUGCUGCUGCUGCAUGCGCUCAAGGAGACUUGAACAGGGCUAUCUGUUUCCCUCUGUUCUGCUCCACUCCAACAGGGCAGACUGUUCACCAUGAAGGGCACAGAGCAUAGUAGAGGAUGUCUGCAGAUGCGUUUGGAGCCGGGGGCAGCGAUGCCCAGCAGACCUUGCAGUCCUUCUGGCCUCGUGUCAUGGAAGAGAUCAGGAACCUGACUGUGAAGGAUUUCCGUGUGCAGGAGUUGCCUCUAGCCCGAAUCAAGAAAAUCAUGAAGCUGGAUGAGGAUGUCAAAAUGAUCAGUGCAGAGGCUCCAGUUCUGUUUGCCAAGGCAGCUCAGAUCUUCAUCACGGAGCUCACACUCAGAGCGUGGAUCCACACUGAGGACAACAAGAGACGCACACUACAGAGGAACGACAUUGCCAUGGCAAUAACUAAGUUCGACCAGUUUGACUUCCUGAUUGACAUCGUGCCCCGGGACGACCUGAAGCCCCCUAAACGACAGGAGGAGAUGCGUCAGUCAGUAGCUCCAGCAGAGCCGGUGCAGUACUACUUCACCCUGGCCCAGCAGCCCGGAGCCGUGCAGGUGCAGGGAACACAACAAGUGCAGCAACCCGGCGGACAAACGACCAUCCAGCCUGGACAGAUCAUCAUCGCACAGCCACAGCAAGGACAGAUGCUGCAAGGUGCCACCAUGCAGCAGUUACAGCAAGUGCAGGUGCAGUCACAGGGCACGCCCAUCACGAGUGCGCCGGUGACCAUGCAGGUGGGUGAGGGCCAACAGGUGCAGAUCGUCCAGGCCACAACAGCUCAGGCUCAAGCUCAGGCACAAGCCCAGGGCCAGACUAUGCAGGUGAUGCAGCAGAUCAUCACCAACACGGGAGAAAUUCAGCAAAUCCCGGUGCAACUAAACACGGGCCAGCUACAAUACAUCCGUCUCGCUCAGCCUGUCUCCGGAGCACAAGUGGUCCAAGGACAGAUUCAGACUCUCGCCAAUGCCCAGCAGAUCACACAGGCAGAUGUUCAGCAAGGACAGCAGUUCAACCAGUUUACUGAUGGACAGCAGUUGUAUCAGAUUCAGCAGGUGACCAUGCCAGCAGGACAGGAGCUGACCCAGCAAAUGUUCAUUCAGUCCACCAAUCAGACAGUUGAGGCACAGGCCACGCAGGUCAGCACCGAAUGAGCCCAAACAGGAACCUUUACUUCAAACACACGACAGACAACCCACACGCACCAGCCCAUGCGACGCAGAAGGAUGCCACCAGUCUUGACAAAGGAUGCUCAACACCCUCGAUUUUAAGCACUGCUCCUUUUUAGAUGAGGGACCUGUAAUCUUGUAACAAAAUUAUAACACUGGAUCAAAAACCAAAGGGACACUGAUUGACUCUUUCACGAUCACACACUUCGAUACAUUUUGUACUUCUGCCACCCCCAUCUGUAAAGACGUAAUGCAUCUCCUGCCACACUCGACUGUCUCUCCACCAACCAACUCUAUUCUUCUUGUCUUUGUCUGAACUUCAGUAUUUUUAAAAAAGAUUUAAAAAAAACUUGUGAGCUUUAUUCCCGCCACUGUUCUCCGUUUGGAAAUGAAUUAGAAACGUUUCUGUCUCUGUGAACACGAUCUGGUCCCAGGGCAUCUGAUUGACGGAAGCCGUGGGUUUCUCCAUUCUUCGUCACCUCCUGCUUUCCCCUCCGAUGACGGCGUUAAUCAUCCCCUCUUCAUUGUUUGUCAUUUAUUGAUGAAUUGAAUGAAGCCAUAUACCUCAGAUAUCACUUUUUGCAGCAAAGAAGAAGUUCAAUGAUAAUGAUAAUUUUCUUGUAGUUUCCGUGUUGUGUUAUGUUCCGCAGUGAUGAAGCAUGACUUUAUGUUGUAAGGGCUUCAACCUGUUCCUGUUACCUGUGUGAUCAGUCAUCACUUCACUUCCAUUUGUUUUCUCUGCUCACUGUCUUUGUUCACCCCUCUGUCUUUAGAGCGGGGAGGCUCUUCUCCGCCUCUAUGCAGUUCCACACAUUUCUAACCGGGUGGUUUUUAAGUCUUGUGCCCUGGUUUAAGUCUCAUGUACAAACUCAUGACUCCAUCUGGAGAAAAAAAAAAAACACCCCCCCUUUUUAUAGAAACUUUUUUUCAAGUGUUUUUUUUUCUUUUUCGUUUUGAAAUGUUUUGCCUCAUAUCUUCCCCAUUAUGUUUUGUACAGUAAUGAUUAUUAUCAAUGUUCUUAUUGUUAUUUUUGCAUGUAGUUCCAACUGCCAGCAUGACAUGCAAUAGAUAGGUACAAUUUUUUUUAUUUUUGACGUUCCUUUUUGUAAACAAACUGUUUUUUUUCUUUUGUGAGAAAAAAAAAUAAAAAUCAUGACUUGUCUAAAACUC